AUGGAUACACGAGUGUUCAGGGGUGCUGACCUGGGAACGGAUCAUUAUCUAGUAAUUACUAGAUUUAGGGGUUUGUUCGCGGGUUGGCGCUACCGGACGGCAGUAACAGAACCACAGUCGGUCUGUCGCAUCCGAAGCUGGAAGCUUCAGGAAGCGGAUACUAGGGACAAAUAUCACACGAGGGUAGCCGAAAAGCUUGACACCAUCGAUGGCAGGAAAGAAUGUGUGGAGAGAACAUGGCAGAACCUUAGGGAUGGAAUGGUAAGUGCAGCGGAAGAAGUAUGUGGUACAACAAAAAGAGGUAGUAGUAAAAGAAGAGAUGCAUGGUGGAAUGAUGAAGUGAGAGAAGCUGUAAAAAAGAAGAAAAAAGCAUGGUUAGACUACUUGGCCUCUAGUAACGAUGAGCAUAUGAGAGAAAAGAUGAAAGAAAGAUAUAAGCUGCAGAAAGUUCAUGCGAAAACAUUGAUUGAGGAAGUACGUGAAAGGUGUAGAAUAGAAGCGGACGAGAGGUUGUCGCACAACUUUAGGGAAAACUCCAAACUCUUCUGGAAAGAGGUUGGAAGGUCCCGGAGUGGUGCGACAGCCUUAAGAAUGAACAAAGUGCUUUCGAGAACCAAUGACGUCCUCUCAGAAAAAUAG